AGUAUAUUGAGUGGUCUUUGGUUUUUCUGUUAACGAUGCUAGACUCUUUAUGUAAAGUUGGUCCUGGCUGUGCUUUGAACUCAUGAGCUUAACUGUUUACAUGUAUAUCUUACUGCAGGUUGUUGAGAUCACAAAGGGAAGCAAAGUAAAAUAUGAGCUUGACAAGAAAACUGGACUGAUUAAGGUUGAUAGAGUUCUGUACUCAUCAGUUGUAUAUCCUCACAACUAUGGUUUCAUUCCGAGGACACUUUGUGAAGACAAUGAUCCAAUGGAUGUGUUGGUCCUGAUGCAGGAGCCUGUUAUUCCUGGUUCUUUCCUCCGAGCUAGAGCAAUUGGCCUUAUGCCCAUGAUUGAUCAGGGCGAAAAGGAUGACAAGAUCAUAGCAGUCUGUGCUGAUGAUCCUGAAUACCGUCACUACAAUGACAUCAGUGAGCUGUCUCCUCACCGCCUCCAAGAGAUCAAGCGCUUCUUUGAGGACUACAAGAAGAACGAGAACAAGGAGGUCGCUGUCGAUGCGUUCUUACCUGCAACCACUGCCCGCGAGGCCAUUCAGUAUUCGAUGGACCUGUAUGCGCAGUAUAUUUUGCAGAGCUUAAGGCAGUAGCAUGUCGGUGGUUGUUGUAUCGUGGAAAUCUUCUAUUAAUAACAAGUGGGGACGAGCUGAGACUUUGUGUGUUAUAAAUAAAUGCGCAACAAUGUGUACUCGCACUAUUUAUGAAGAUUAAGUGAUGGUUUAUGAUUGGGAA